AUGGGGACGCGCUGCGAGCUGAGGUUUUGGGUGGCCGUGAGGCAGGCUGGGGUCCGCCUGGCACCGCUCUGCCUUGCGGGGAGCAGCAGAGGGGACUGGAGCCUGAGCCCGCCCGGGGUGCCGGCUAUGGCGGAGGCCGACGGUCCCCUGCAGCUGCUGGAGGUGUGCGAGCAGAGGCUGUCCCGGUUCCUCUAUGAUGCUGAGCACAAGCGCCUGGCCUGGCUCCGGGAGGUGGAGGAGCAGGGCCUGAGGAUGCUGGAUAGCAACUUUGGGGCUGAGCCCGAACUAAUGUCCAAGACCCCCUCCCAGAGGAGGCGUCCCAGGAAAAGGCAAUCCUCCUGCCUGAAAGAGGAGGGUAAGGAGCCCGGCAGGAGGAGGUCAUCCAGGAGGAGGAGCAGCACCAAGCUGGUGCUGGCCAAGCCCAGCUCCCAGCGGCGCCUCAGCAAGCUGCCAGCGCUCAGCCCGGGGGCGCAGGAGCCCAGCCCCAGCUGCCGGGGGGGCCCUCGGGCCGGCCCGGGAGCCGAGUGCCCGCAGCUGCCCGGGACGUGGCCACCAGGAGCACCGGCUCCCGCGGGGGAGGCUCCCGAGGCCUCUCCUGCGGCUGCCACCUCCGCGGCGCGGGGGGCGCAGAGCCCCGGCGGAGCCGGAGCCUCCCCGCCCAGGGCUCCCGGAGCCGCCGGCGCUGCGCUGCUGCCCGGGGAUCAGCCCCGGGACCCCCACAGCCGAGCAGCCCCGGCGAGAGCAGAGCCUGGCCGCCGCUCGGGGCAGCGCUGGAGCCGCAGGAGCUCCCUGGCGGGGAAGUGCCCCGGGGGCAGCAGGAGCAGCAGCGGCCGCAGGUCUCUCGGCAGGGACGGCUCCAGGACGGCGGCAGCGAGGGAGACCUCCCCCGGCGGAGCAAGCUCCUUUGGCCCCUGCCACCUGGACGUGCUGCUGGGCCCUGCUUUGCUGCAGGAGGCUCUGCUGGGGCACAGGGUGCAGGUGGUGGCAGGCACAGAGCCCGGCAAGGGUGGCCUGGCUCGGCCCUCCGAGGAGGCUGCUGUGUCCCUGGGUUUCUCCCCAGGAAGCUUUGCCAAGCUGAGCAGUGAGCCCCAGCAGGGGAAGCAGGAACCACCUCUCUGUGCCAAGCCCCAGGAGAAGCCUACACACAUCUGGCCGAGGAGCUGCAGGCAGGCAGUGGGAGCGCUCUGGAGCCGGCCCCGCGCCCCGGACGAGGAGCAGAGGAGCUCAGCAGCCCAGCCCCCAGCCUCCCCCUCCCCCGCCGGCAAGGUGGUGAGGCCGCUGAAGAGCCUCCUGCAGGCGGUGCAGCGCAGCCAGCUGCUGGCCAGCCCCGGCGGCCAGCCCGGGGGCAUCACAGGCUUCAUCCGGCGCAAGACCCCCGGCAGGGCUGCGCUCAAGGAGAGGGAGAGGCAGAGGCUGGAAAGCCUCAGGAGGAAGCAGGAGGCUGAGGAACAGAGGAGGAAGAAAGUGGAGGAGGAGAAGAGACGACGCCAGGCAGAGAUGAAGCAGAAGAGGGAGGAGAGGCUGAGGAAGGCACUGCAGGCCAAGGAGAGGGUGGAACAAAUGGAGGAGGAGAAGAAGAGGAGGAUGGAGCAGAAGAUGCUGCAGAGCGAUGAGAAGGUGCGUCCCUCCCAGCCGCGGGACGAGAGGCUGGCAGAGGAGCGGAGCAGGAGGAAGCUGUGCAGGAAGCUGGAGGAAGCUGAGGCAAGGAAGCAGAGAGCCCUGAGGAGGGAGGAACACGAACUUGAGCAGCAAGAAGCACUACAGAGAGAGGAUGAGGUGAAGGGGAAGAGGGUCUGGGAGCUGAGAAGCCUUAUGGAGCAGCGCCAGCUGGAGCACAUGAAGGAGAGGGACCACAAACAGAGAUGGAGAGAGAAGGCUCCCCCAGGACAGCUGGAGCCAGGGGGGCUCACUGAGAAGAGCAGAAAGGAGGAAGAGAGCCCCAAAGUGCUGCAGCAGAGGCACAAGCAAGCAGAGCCUGCUGCUGUGGCUGCAGAGCCCUGGCUCAGAGCAGCAGAGCAGGAGGAUGCUCUGCAGGAGCCCCAGCAGCUGGGAGAGGAGAAGAGAGUCAGGGAGGCAGAAGCUCUGCCUGCUGCCUGUGCCACCUGGCUGAGCAAAGCUGUGAAGAGGUCUGUCUCUGCCUCCUGCCUGGAGUCCCUGAGGGGGGACGCCAACAACUACGGCAUGGACCUGAACAGCGACGACUCCACGGACGAUGAGAACGACCCCCGGAAGCCUGUCCCUGCCUGGGCCGAGGGCUCUCGGCUCAACCAGGCGGUUGUCCACCAGUACUACCACCCGGUGGACGUGGACCAGAUCUUUGGGCUGAUCCUCAGCCCCAGGCUGGAGGACAUCUUCGGCAAGAGCAAGCCCAGGUACUUCAAGCGCACCAGCUCGGCCGUCUGGACCUCCCCUCCCGGCGCCCAGCCCCCCUGCGGCUGCAAACCCUGAGGGCACAGAGCCGUGCCCGAGGGCGGCAGGGGCAGUGCUGGGCUGCUCCCGCUGCC